GGGGGGGGACCGGAGCGGGAGGAGCCGGGACGGGGCUGGAGGCGGGGGCGGCGCCGAACCGAACCGGAGCGGGAACCGGAGCGGGAACCGGAGCGGGAACCGGAGCGGGAACCGGAGCGGGAACCGGAGCGGGAACCGGAGCGGGAACCGGAGCGGGAACCGGAGCGCCCGGGGCUGGGGAAGCCGUGGUGGGGCUCGGCCGGGGCCGUCCCGGUGCCGGUGCCGCCCAGGAGGGGAGCGCCCCCGCCGUCUCCAAAGGGAGGAGCGCCACGACACAAGGCAAACACGGCGAUAAGGUCACCUGCACCAGGGGACGUGGGACAGCGGGGCCAGCCCUGCCCGGGGCUCCUCCAUGGGAAAACGCUCAGGGCGCGGAGCCAUGAAGCUGAACGAGCGGAGCCUGGCGUUUUACGCCACCUGCGACUCGCCCGCCGACAACGCCGGCUUCCUCUACAAGCGGGGCGAGCGGCACACAGCCUACCACCGGCGCUGGUUCGUGCUGAAGGGCAACAUGCUCUUCUACUUCGAGGAGCGCGAGAGCCGCGAGCCGGUGGGCGUCAUCGUGCUGGAGGGCUGCACGGUGGAGCUCUGCGACUCGGCCGAGGAGUUCGCCUUCGCCAUCCGCUUCGGCGGCACCAAAUCCCGCACCUACGUGCUGGCGGCCGAGAGCCAGGCUGCCAUGGAGUCGUGGGUGAAGUCGCUGUCGCGGGCCAGCUUCGAUUACAUGCGCCUGGUGGUGCGGGAGCUGGAGAAGCAGCUGGAGGAGAUGCGCUGGGGACUGGCCGCUGGGCGCCCGUGCUGCCGGCACGCUCCUGCCUGCCUGGAAGCCCAGCCCUCGGGGACGGAGCAAUCCCCGGAGAGGCUUCCAGCUCUGCCCGCCGUGCCGAAGGAGAACGGCUGCGCGGUGUGGAACAACACUCCAGGCACCGACCGGCUGCCCGAUGCCACCAGCUGUGAGGGCAGCGAUGAUGACACCAACCCGCGGCCACCGCCGUUGCCACCGCGCAGGCGGGCGUCCAGCGGCGAGCCGGGCAGCGCCGGGGCUGCCACAACCGAGAGCUGCUCGAAUUUCUGCCGGCUCCACGAGCGGUACGGCCGCGAGGUGGCCCGGCUGCGGCAGGACUGGCUGGAGAGGCAGCGCGACCACCAGCCCUGAGACGUGGUCAGGCCCUGGUGACCCUCCCUGUACCCUCGGUGCCACCUGGGGUGCGCAGCCCCUGUGGAUUUCAUUUGGAAACUGGGUUUGCUCGGAGCUCCCGGUGCUCCAGCAGGGGGUUAUGCACCCGUGAGGAUUUUGGGGAGGGUUCGGAUGGGUGUUUCGCUGCUGGGGGGGGCUGUGCCGCCUUCCCUGAUCUCAGAGGAGCUCCCUUGCAUCCCUAUGCUCUGGCAGGAUGUGGUUUGAAGAACGAAAACAUGGGCGCACGCAGGCCUUCCCCAGUGACACCACAGCUCGCAGCGGCCACCACGCAGCCGGUGCCACCGGGGGACUCGUGCGCUGCCGGCAGCCCCGCAGGAACCGGGCUCCUGCUGCUCAGCUUCACCGUGCUCCCGGCCACGUCCCUCAGGGCUUCGGGACGGAUAUUUCAGGGCAGGGCAUCAUCCGUGGGCUGGCUGACAAAGGGGAAGCAUCACGGCACCGAACAGGAACGUAUGUGUCAGCGGUGGAGGGUGCCGAGUGAUUCAUGUGCCAAAGCAGAGCGCGGCCACCGCUGGCGGUUUGGGGGUCUCCUGCAGACGUUUCUCUGCUGUUCCCCCUGUGGUUUGCACCAGCACCCACACCACGGGCACAGGGGCAGGGUGGCACCCCGGUGUGAUGUGCAUGUUUCUGUUAAUUCAUGGGCACGGCCCUUUCCUGUGCUUCGGGCACAAGGGACGGUGCUGCAGCCGGGCGUUGCACCAGCUCCUCCUGUGCUGCCUCUGCUGAAUCCCCUCCUCUCCAGGUUUUCCGGGGGAAGAAGCACCGGCAGCACCUGGGGUUUGGCUGGGUGGCUCCGUCUCGCUCUCCCUCUGCCUUCCCAGAACUGGCUCGUGUUUUUCCUACAAUAAACAGUCUCAGAAUUUCCUUCCUAA